GAGCAAAAUGAGCCGACCAUCCAAAAGCAUCCUUCUCGAUGGAAACGGACUGGAGAAGAGCCUGAGAAUAGUGAAGAAUGAAGCCGAGGAAGAGCUGGAGAACUUUCUGGCACCGGUUGCAGAACUAGCGGAAGACAUCAGCAGUGGCCGAUCCAAAAUUAUUAAACCCACACCAGGAUUCUGCAUCAAAGCGUUCAAAAAGGAAUCGAAGGAAAAGUUUUUCAUCAACCUCUGCCAAACCGAUGGCAUCCCACCACCACGUGACAUCACCGAGGAAGAGCUGAUCCGCAUCCUUAACGACGGUGAUCCCAACUCAUUCCGCAUACCGAUGAGCAUCACCGCACCACGGCCAACACUGGACAAAUCCAACCAAGGCUGCCAGGUGUGCGAUAUUGCGAUCAGCACGAAAUUCUACGCCAAAAUUGAGUCCGGUGGGCUGUUGCGCGAGUUCCUCAUCAGCGUACUGUUCGAUGGGCUGGAAAACAAGUAUAACGUUGCGCUGGACGAGACCAACUUUCGCGUACUGAAGAACAAAAAGGUCGUAGACCGGCUGAUCCCACAUAACAUUCAGAACCGGGACGUGAAGCAGGUGAUCGAAAGCUACCCGGCCCAGUCGAUCGAAGAUCGGGCACUGCUGAACGAGCUUGAUAAUCCGCGUCCACUAGCAUCUCAGUCGAGUGGCAAGAAACCGCUAAUAGAAGAGAUCGAUGCAGGUACGGUGAAAACGGUCAAGAACGAAACGAACAGUUCGCGUACGGUUGUGGCACCGACGGCCGAACCGACACCAUCGUACGUGCCCGAUCCAACAAAGCUGGCCAUUUCGCAGGCCGCUACAAAGAAACCAGAAAGUAAGCUCUUCCGCGAACCGGCAGUCGGACGAGCGAAACAGUUGAUUGGCGAGUUUCAUCUUCCGGAUUGUGUUUCAUCGAGUGAAAUUACGCUGGACAUUGGUGAGGAUCGUAUUCUGCUGGAAGCGCGCAAGAAGGGCUAUCUGCUGGACGUGUUUGUGGAUUAUCGUAUCGACGAAAGCAAGGUGGAGGCCCGGUUCGAUACCACCACCAAAAUUCUUCAAGUAACGAUGCCUGUCAUGGCCGCUUAA